GCUGGCCCGCUGCAGACGGCCCGGGCCGGCCCUCCGGACCCCUCGGUGCCCAGCAGGUGGCAUCUCCACGGGAGGCCAAGAUGGAGAUGCCCACGGGGACCCCGUGCCCCUUCUCCAAGGGCCUCCUGCUCUCAGCCUCAGUCCUGGCCCUCUGGGUCCCCCAAGGCUCCUGGGCGGCCCUCCGCAUCCAGAAGAUUCCAGAGCGACCUCAAGAGAACCAGGACGUCCUCCUGUCUGUCCAGGGCAUCCCAGACACCUUCCAAGACUUCAUCUGGUACCGGGGGGAGGAGACAGACGGAGGCACAAGGCUGUUCACCUACAUCCCUGACCUACCGCGGCCCCAGAGAGACGGCAGCGCCAUGGAGCAACGUGACAUCGUGGGCUUCCCCAAUGGCUCCAUGCUGCUGCGUGACGCCCAGCCCAAAGACAGCGGCACCUACCACGUGGAGGUCCACAUCAACCCUUCGUGGACCAUGCGGGCCAAGACCGAGGUCCAGGUGCCCGGAAAGUUCACGGAGCUGCCGGUGACACACCUGCCCGUGAGCACUGGGAUUGUGGCUGCCAUCCUCAUCGGAUCUCUGGCCGCCGCGUCCCUCCUCGUCGGCAGCAUUGCCUAUCUCCUGGUGACAAGAGGCUGGAGGGGCCAGAGGCACAGGAUGGCGACCGCAGGGAAACCAGAGCUGGGCCCCAGCCACAACACCGGUGACGACAACAUCUAUGAGGCGAUUCGGCCUCCGGUCCUCCCGGCGUCCCCGCUCCGUGGCCCGGGGUCCAUGAGCACUGCCUCGCCCCCGCCCCUGCAGCCGGCGCUGGAGGACCACCACUACCAGGACCUGCUGAACCCCGACCCUGCCCCUUACUGCCAGCUGGUGCCAACCCCCUGAAGGGUCCCAGCCAGGCCGGUGGGAGAGACAAGGCCUCGGGCCUCCCCAGGGUCCCAGCAGGACCAGGCCGGCAGGGCUGUGGGGCUGACGGGUGGACUCGCUGAAGACACAGCAAGACCCCAGGCCGGUGCCCAGCGGGGACAGGAGACCCUGCAGGGCCCAUCCUCUCGCUCACCCUCUGCGUGUGCCACCCGCCCAUCAUCUGGUCCUUCCAGCAGCCUGACCUAAGCCAUGAGCUGGGAAAAGCAGGCUCCUCCCCUCCCCCCCUCCUCCUCCACUGGGAUAUUUGGGGGUGAGGAGGGUGGUCUGAGGCCUGCCUCCAGCCAGACCUCACAGGCGCCCACUUGGGGGGACUCACAACUGUCAGCCCACAAUUCCCCCCCCUCCACCCCUGGUUGCCCUCCCAGCCCCUUCCCCUGGGGACAAGGCAACCCCCCACCAUACAUGCAGGGGGGCUGGCCUCACAGGUCUGUGGCACAGAGGACAGUCCUGGUCAGUUACUGUGGCUGCCUCAGCCCUGCCCUCGCAGGCAGAUCCCAGCCCUCUCUAACCCGUCUCUCAGAACCCGUGACCCUCGUCUGCCUGUUGCCCCCACCUUGGAUCUCACCAAAUCCCUCAGGGCAGGACUCCCUUCUCUACCCCACCCCAC